CUAGCUGUCAACUUCUUUCAGUUAUCUGUGGCUUGAUAAUGAUGUUGAAAUAUCGAUUAAAUCGAGUAAAGUUAUCGAUAAGUUUCUACCCGGCGCGAGUGCCUCGGUUGGCGGCACGAUGAUUCAACAUGGCGGCAUACCCCUCCUCCUCCUCGCCCCUCGCUCGAUAGUAGCCAGGCGGCCUCCAGCCGUACAGACGUCUUUGUAUCGUAACGUGGCAGAAAAAUGGACAAUACUCUAAUAGAAGCAGUAUCUCGAAGAGAACCAAUAUGGAAUCCAGCCAGUGGUCUUCAUAGAAAUUCGAAUGUUUUAAAGUGUCUCUGGCAAGAAGUCGCCAAUGAAGUGAACAAGGACGUAAAAUCAGUAAAAUCAAGAUGGAAAAAUCUAAGAUCGUAUUACGUCAAGGAAUGUCAAAAACUAGAUAGCAAAACCACUGAAGGAGAGGAACAGAUCAGUUCAUGGCAAUACUUUGAUGAUAUGCAGUUCCUAAGACAUACGCUGACAUGUUACAAGACUAACAAGCAGGAAGAAUACGACGGUGAUGAAAUAUACAUCACCAACUUAGAUACCAUCGCUAACCCUGAACCUCUCUCACCAGGACAAUCUUCCUCUGAAACAUCUCACACCACGCCAACAACAAGAAAAAGAAAGAUGCAAGCUUUAGCAACAACAAGUGAUACAUUAAUAGAACUGGAAAGGAAAAAAUUAAAAAUCCUAGAAAAUGAUAUAGCCAGAGGUUCUAAUGACGAUUUAUUGUUCUUCGAAAGCCUUUUACCUUAUAUGAAAGAAAUACCAAUAGAUCGGAAACUUCGUCUUCGUUCUAAAAUACAAGAUUUAAUCUGUGGAGAAUUGGAGGUUGUGCAAGCGAUGCUGAAUAAUGACGAAUAAUUUAGUUUAGAAAUUUCGAAACUUUGCUGUUGAAAUUACUGCUGUUAAAGUUCAACUUGUGAACCGUCAACUUUUAUUUACCGCUUACAUACGUCUUCCCAGGGUUUUCCAAAGAAUACGCUUUAGUAAACAGUGAUUUAGCUAUGGGAUGGUGUACAUAUGAAUAGUUACCAAGUAUUGCCUUCUAAUUUCUGACAAAAAGACGAACAAGUUAUUCUGUGAUCAGUACUAGUGUUAAUGAAACUGUUUGAUUCAAAAAUGAUGACAAAUUCAACGAGAGAGUCGGUGACGGAACAAUGCAAUUUAAUAUUUAAUGUUUAGGUAUAUUUAAUUUAUUAACUCUACAGUAUAAAAUAAACAUAAUAAAUGUAAAAAGUGUGUGUCAUAUAAUUAGUCAUUUAGAUGAUUCUCAGAUUUUGAUGAACAGUUCCUAGAAACUAACAAAAUUCGAAACAGAAAAAUCUUCUAUUUUAAUACAACCGCACAAAAAAAAACGAUGUAUGACGCACAUUUUAUUAUUACCGU